UCAGCCCCCGUAGGCCGCCGGGCAAAGUGCCGGUCAACAUGGAAGUGAAUCCCCCCAAACAGGAGCACCUGCUGGCGCUGAAAGUGAUGCGGUUGACUAAGCCUACUUUAUUCACCAACAUUCCAGUUACAUGUGAAGAGAAAGACUUGCCUGGAGAUCUCUUUAACCAACUGAUGAGAGAUGAUCCUUCAACUGUAAAUGGUGCAGAAACUUUAAUGUUAGGAGAAAUGUUGACUUUACCUCAAAAUUUUGGGAAUAUAUUUUUGGGAGAAACCUUUUCCAGUUACAUCAGUGUUCAUAAUGAUAGCAAUCAAGUUGUCAAAGAUAUAUUGGUAAAAGCUGAUCUUCAGACAAGCUCUCAGCGUUUAAAUCUUUCAGCCUCUAAUGCUGCAGUGGCUGAACUUAAACCCGAUUGUUGUAUUGAUGAUGUUAUUCACCAUGAAGUAAAAGAAAUUGGAACACACAUCUUGGUGUGUGCCGUGAGUUAUACAACUCAGGGUGGAGAAAAAAUGUACUUUAGAAAAUUCUUCAAAUUUCAGGUUCUGAAGCCAUUGGAUGUGAAAACCAAAUUUUACAAUGCAGAGAGUGACCUCAGUUCUGUGACUGAUGAAGUUUUUCUUGAAGCCCAGAUUCAAAAUAUUACCACCUCACCCAUGUUUAUGGAGAAAGUUUCAUUGGAGCCAUCUAUAAUGUAUAAUGUAACAGAAUUAAAUUCAGUCAGCCAAGCUGGAGAAUGUGUAUCUACAUUUGGGUCAAGAGCAUAUUUGCAACCAAUGGAUACACGCCAGUACUUAUACUGUCUAAAACCCAAGAAGGAAUUUGCAGAAAAAGCAGGCAUCAUUAAGGGAGUAACAGUAAUUGGAAAACUGGAUAUAGUAUGGAAAACAAAUCUGGGUGAAAGGGGAAGGUUACAGACCAGCCAGCUGCAACGAAUGGCUCCAGGUUAUGGAGAUGUCAGGCUGUCUUUGGAAGCAAUCCCAGAUACUGUUAACUUGGAAGAACCUUUCCAUAUUACCUGUAAAAUAACAAACUGCAGCAGUGAAAGGACCAUGGAUCUGGUUUUGGAAAUGUGCAAUACCAGUUCUAUUCACUGGUGUGGUGUCUCAGGAAGACAGCUGGGAAAGCUGCAUCCGAGUUCUUCUCUCUGCCUUGCCCUUACUCUGCUGUCUUCAGUUCAGGGACUACAAAGUGUUUCCGGCUUACGGCUAACAGACACAUUUUUAAAGAGAACAUAUGAAUAUGAUGACAUUGCCCAAGUCUGUGUGGUAUCUUCGGCCAUUGAAGUGGAAAGCUAAAAAAUUUCUAACGUUCCACUUUUCAUUUAAUUUCUGUAUUUUUGUCAAUUUUGUGAAAUGAUCAUCACAACAUAAAUAAGUAUAUUAUUUAAAUUUCUCCCUGUAAAACAGCUAAAAUAUUAAAUACUUGUUUUA